GUUAUUCAGGGAUUCUUGCGAAAUAGACGGCGUGUCCAUGGCCAGUUGUUCCUCGUUCGCCAGGUCAGUCUCAAGCCAAUCAAGAUUCGACUGUCACGAUCCAGUGAGUACUCCGGAGUACGGACGGGAGUGCGCUGUCUUCAUUGUUCCACCUGCACCGAGGACAUACGCCCAUUAUCGCCAAUCAUCUGCUUCGCGGACUUGUUGCUCAUCAUAUCAAACAGGACUGCCAAGGUAGCGACGCUCAAGUUGAGUGGACGGCUUUGUUUCGCACCACCUGGCGAUCGAUCUGGAUAUAGAUAUACGGAUGCGUGCGUUGCGAGAAAUCUCCAUGAAUCUCCAUGA